AUGCCAAUGUUAUGGGAAUCUAUCUUAAUUUUCAUGGUCCAUGCCACAGCAGUAUCUUCAGACCAGCAUCGUAAUGAGCUUUGCAAAGGAAACAGGGAUGAGUUUGGUUUCACCUUAGUUGGGCAUGACUACAAAAGUUCUUACGCUGACAAUGUUGGUCGCUGUUUUUUCUUGUGUAGCACUGACGAAAGGUGCCAAAGCGCGACGUUCUUCUGGAACACUAAGGAGUGCAAAAUGAACAGAGAGACAAAGGCCUCAAGGCCAGCAGACUUCGUGAAAAAUCCAUCUGCUACUUAUAUAGAAAACGAUUUCCGAGGUAAUGUAAAUUAUAGAGUGAAAUAGGUAGUAGAAUACUACGCACUAUUAUGCAAUUAUUCUAUCGUCUUCUUUUGUUUGCUAGUAGCUAUUUUGCAGUAGCUGUUAGUAUUUGUUUCACGGGUUUAGUAAAAUCACUCUUCCAGCUUAAACUAGGUUACUGAUUUAAAGAGAAUUAAAGAGAAAGUGAUAUUUGACUUUUCUGUGACCGUCAAUCCUUCAUUAUUAUUAUUAUUAUUAUUAUUAUAAAUUUUUUUUGAUGGAUUUCCUUAGCUAAGAAAGGUUCAACAUCCUCGACGCCAGGCUCUUCCUGCAAAGAUAUUCUGAUAAGCGGUGACGCUCAGGGGGAUGGAAAGUACUGGAUUGACCCUGCAAUCUCAGGGGACCCCUUCAUGGUCUUUUGUGACAUGACUACUGCCGGAGGUAAGAGCUGAUCUUUGGAUAAUGACUUAAAUUAUAAAUGUGAACGUGUGCGUGUGCGCUUUUUUUUUCACAAACAUUUAUAAUCGUGCCUCCAUCUAACAAAUACUUUCAUUGAAUAUGAAGAAUUGAUCGUCGCAGUGAACGCAAUUUAUAUGCAAUUGCGUAAAGAAGCCUGAUCAUUUCUUCACUUUCAUUUCAUUUCCGCAGUUCAUCUAUGAUUUAUUCCAUAUAUCAUUAACACUCAUUUCUUUCACGGGAACAUAUGGACCCACAAUUGACCUGCUCCCAACGUCAGUGGCUUCAUAGCUCAGUUGGUAGAGCAUCGCACCGGUAUCGCGAGGUCACUGGUUCAAACCCCGUUGAAGUCCUGAAUUUUUUUCAGGCUUCUUUACGCAAUUGCAUAAAUUGCGUUCACUGCGACGAUCAUUUCUUCAUUUUCAUUUCAUUUCCGCAGUUCAUAUAUGAUUUAUUUCAUAUACCAUUAACAAAAACUUUCAUUGUUUUGAAAAAUAUUUUUACCAGGCCUUCUCGCUAGAUUAACUUUUUGGUUAUAUUCUAGGUGACUUUAUGCUUUACUUAUGUAGUGUUGCCCCCCUUCUCCUUUGUUUUUUUUUCUUGUAUGUGGUACAAAUAAAGUUGUUGCAUAAAUAAAGUUGCUGCUGUGCUCAAGUACUGAUCAGUACUCAUAGGCCGUAGCUAGACGAAACUUAAACUUCAUCAAGGGAGCUUAAGCAACAACAAGGGCGACGGCUUCGAAAACGUCACUUAAAAAGCGAAUUCACGAUUGUUCCAUCUCGUUUAAUUCGUCAAGUUAAGUUGUUGUCUUGUGUUCCCGUACUCGACAUAACGUGAAAUUAGGCACUUUCACGCCGUAGUCGUGUAACGACGGCUAAGAAUUGUACAAUAAAAAGCGUGAUGCACGCAUAAAGUUGUUCUUUUGCUAAUCUAAACCUAUCGGUUUUUUGCCGUUCUUGUUGCCGUCGCCGUUAUCGUUGCUUAAGCUUCCUUUAAGUGUGUUCUAACACAGGAAUCGGGGGCUGGGAUAUCAAUUGAUUGAUACGUUUCUACAAGAGAGUUGUUAGCUAAUUUUUCCCCAUUUUUUGUUAAUAUUUCAGGUGGAUGGCUUCUCGUAUCCCGUUUUGUUAUGAAAACACAUGAUUCGUUUCUUGAUAGCAGAGUCGAGUCAAAUUCUUACAGAACAAUCCUCCCCAAUUUUAAUUCUAACAAACAAUUCUUGUUCACGAAUGGCUUCAGUCAGAUGAAGCAAGAUACGGGUUUUACUCAGAUACGGUUUUAUUGUUUCAAGAAGACAACAGGUCGAGUGUUUCACAUUAUGACUAACAACGAUGCUAAAGGAAGUGACGUUCUCACGUUUUUUACUUCCUCUGAUAACCAGCCUGCAGCUUGUGGCUCUUUUACGCGGCUUGCUGACGACAACUCUACCUUAGCGGAGAGAUGCGACAGAUGGGGCUUCCCCAAUUAUAAUACAUGGGGUCACACAUCACACCUUAGUGACCUUCGCCUUUUUGACAAGCCUGCCGUAUGGAGAAACACAAUACGUGUUUGGUUUGCUGGUGAUGCCGCCGCCGAGUAUGACCGCGAUGGGGACGCUGGUAGCCUGUCGUUGGGUGAUACGUGGCAGGUUUUUGUACGAUAA